AUGGCAUCCAACGGAUCGAGUUUGCCACUUUCGAAUGGCCCUCCUCGUGACACUGUCGCGGUAAAUAGGGCGGACGAGGUGGAUGAUUUGCUAAAAGCCGUUCAAUCUCUGAUAAUCCCUUUUGUCAGCUCAGCAGACCAAGCGGGUCCAGCAGAGCCCAAGCAUCAUGAAGGAACUCCUCGGACGACUUUGGUGGAAUACCACAAGCCUGACGAGCUGGUCCGCCUUAUGAAUUUUGAGCUCCCAGGGGACGGAAAAGGGAAGGAAGGCCUCUUGGCAACGGUAGAGCAAGUGCUUAAAUAUAGUGUAAAUACGUGGGAUCAAGGGUUUAUGGAUAAGUUGUAUGCUACUACGAAUGCUCUCCACGUCUACCAAGUCUCCCCGGCCCUCACCGUCAUUGAAAAAACCACCUGCCGCACGUUAGCAAAAGCUUUCGGGUUUGCCGGCCCUUAUGCUGGCGGAAUCUCCACCCAAGGCGGCAGCGCCUCCAAUACCACCUCCAUAAUAAUCGCGCGCAACAACCUCUACCCAUCAUCCAAAACCACUGGCAAUGGCACUCACAACUUCGUUCUCUUUACCUCCGCUCACGGGCACUACUCCCUCGAAAAAGCCGCACAGAUGUGCGGUCUCGGCACUAACAACGUCUGGAGCGUGCCUGUCGAUGCCCAGGGUCAAAUGGUUCCAUCAUCCUUAGAAGAAUUAAUUCUCAAAGCAAAAGCCGAAAAUAGAACGCCGUUCUACGUAAACGCAACGGCGGGAACCACUGUCCUCGGCUCAUUCGACCCCUUCACUGCCAUCUCUGCCAUCUGUAAAAAGCACAACCUCUGGCUGCACAUAGAUGGCAGCUGGGGCGGCCCUGUCAUCUUCUCUCAAAAGCAGAAGCAUAAACUGCAGGGCGCGGAAUUAGCAGAUUCCUUUGCCAUAAAUCCGCAUAAAAUGAUGGGAGUUCCAGUAACAUGUUCAUUUCUCCUUGGAAAAGACAUGAGAACUUUUCAUACCGCGAAUACGCUACCUGCAGCGUAUCUGUUCCACGCCUCAUCCACGGAUGAAGAAGUUUGGGACUUGGCCGAUUUGACACUGCAGUGUGGACGUCGUGGCGACAGCUUGAAGCUUGCUCUAGCUUGGAUCUACUACGGCUCCUCCGGGUUCGAAGCGCAAAUUGACCAUGCGUUUGGCAUGGCUUCGUAUUUUGCGAGCCUCCUUGAGAAGAACGUGAAUUUUGUGCUGGUUAGCGAGAAUCCUCCACCGUGUUUGCAAGUUUGCUUUUACUAUGCGCCAGGAGGAGUGUUGCGGGAUAUUAAGGAGGAAAAUAGUACGAUCACCAGUAGUAUUGUGGAAAGGCUCGUUGGAAAAGGGUUUAUGGUUGAUUAUGCCCCCGGGGAGAAAGGAGCCUUUUUUAGAGUGGUGGUCAACUCGCAGACCAGAAGUGAAACGAUUGAUCGUUUGGUUGGCGAUAUUGAGGAGAUUGGCUCAGGUUUAUAA